AUGGCCCAGCUGGGCGCCAUCGCGGCGCUUUUCCUCAGCUUCCUGGCCGCUGCUUUCCUCUCCGCCAUCCACAAGAUCGAGGAGGGGCACAUCGGUGUCUAUUACCGCGGCGGGGCGUUGCUGACCUCCACCAGCGGGCCCGGCUUCCACCUCAUGCUGCCCUUCAUCACGUCCUACAAGUCAGUGCAGACCACGCUGCAGACAGAUGAGGUGAAAAAUGUCCCUUGUGGUACCAGUGGAGGAGUGAUGAUUUAUUUUGACAGAAUUGAGGUGGUGAAUUUCCUCAUCCAGAGUGCAGUGUAUGACAUAGUGAAGAACUACACAGCUGACUAUGACAAAGCUCUCAUCUUCAACAAGAUUCACCACGAGCUCAACCAGUUCUGCAGUGUCCACACGCUGCAGGAGGUCUACAUUGAGCUGUUUGAUCAGAUUGAUGAAAACCUUAAGCUGGCCUUGCAGCAGGACCUCACCACGAUGGCCCCUGGAUUAAUUAUACAGGCAGUUCGAGUUACAAAGCCAAACAUCCCUGAAACAAUCCGGAGGAAUUAUGAGCUCAUGGAGAGUGAGAAGACAAAGCUGCUGAUUGCAGCACAGAAGCAGAAGGUGGUGGAGAAGGAAGCAGAGACGGAAAGGAAGAAAGCCCUCAUCGAGGCAGAAAAAAUUGCACAAGUUGCUGAAAUUACUUACGGCCAGAAAGUGAUGGAAAAGGAGACGGAGAAGAGAAUUUCAGAGAUUGAAGAUGCUGCAUUUCUGGCAAGAGAGAAGGCCAGAGCUGAUGCUGAAUGCUACACUGCUAUGAAAGUAGCUGAAGCCAACAAGCUGAAGCUAACCCCUGAGUACUUGCAGCUGAUGAAGUACAAGGCCAUCGCAGCAAACAGCAAGAUCUACUUUGGCAAAGAUAUCCCCAACAUGUUCAUGGACUAUGCAGGAAGCCAGACCAAGUUUGCAGAAGGACUGGCAGAAGGAAUCCAAGAAGGUGAUGCAGCAGGAACCAGUGAGGACACAAAACUACUUCAUAAUGUCAACUGAGAAGGAAGAUUUCUAGUCGUUUUCUAUCAAAACAAACAAGAACUGGGAAGUU